UAUGGUGAAGUCAACACGGAGGCGGUGCGGGCGUCGCGGCGGGGCUGUGGGCAGGCUUCGGCGCGCUGAUGCGCUUGCGCGGGGCUAGAUCCUCGGCCCUUUGGGGAGCGUGGAGAUGGCGGCGGUUGGGGGACCUUCGCCGGAGCCGGCGGCUUCAGAACAGCCGGCGGAGCUCCCUGCAUCGGUGCGGGCGAGCAUAGAGCGGAAGCGGCAGCGGGCGCUGAUGCUGCGCCAGGCCCGGCUGGCGGCCCGGCCCUACCCGGCGACGGCGGCUGCGGCUACCGGAGGCGUGGCUAAUGUAAAAGCAGCCCCAAAGAUCACUGACACAGGAGGAGGCUUCAUUCUAGAAGAGGAAGAAGAGGAACAGUGUACAAUUGGCAAAGUUGUCCAUCAACCAGGACCUGUUAUGGAAUUUGAUUAUGCGAUAUGUGAAGAAUGUGGUAAAGAAUUUAUGGAUUCUUACCUUAUGAACCACUUUGAUUUGGCAACUUGUGACAACUGCAGAGAUGCUGAUGAUAAACACAAGCUCAUAACUAAAACAGAAGCCAAACAAGAAUACCUUCUGAAAGACUGUGAUUUAGAAAAAAGAGAACCAGCUCUUAAAUUCAUUGUGAAGAAGAAUCCUCAUCAUUCACAAUGGGGUGAUAUGAAACUCUACUUAAAAUUGCAGAUUGUGAAGCGGUCUCUUGAAGUUUGGGGCAGUCAGGAAGCAUUAGAAGAAGCAAAGGAAGUUCGACAAGAAAACCGAGAAAAAAUGAGACAGAAAAAGUUUGAUAAGAAAGUAAAAGAAUUACGGCGAGCAGUGAGAAGCAGCGUGUGGAAAAGGGAAACAGUUGCUCAUCAGCAUGAGUAUGGACCAGAAGAAAGCCUAGAGGAGGAUACGUACCGGAAGACUUGUACCAUGUGUGGCCACGAGCUGACCUAUGAGAAAAUGUGACUCGUAAAGUGUAACGUUGCCACAGAUGAACGGGACACUCCUAUAAAUCAUGCUUCAGGAAGAAAUUUGUAUGUUGUGGCUUAAAAGCAAGUUUCAGUAAGGGUCCAGCAGGUCUGGUUGUAGGCAUAAUACUGGGUCUGGGAUUGCUUUUUUCUACAACAGGGAUGGGAGCCAAGGGGUGGAGUAGGUUCAGAAGUUAGGUUAAAGCCAAAACUGAGAAAUAAGAAACCAAGCCAAACCCUAUAUUGGAACAGGAGGAAGAGCUUUUAAUAAUGGCAGAAGCUGGCUGAACAGGAUCCUUCUCCCAGAAAUAACGGACGGUGGUAGAUCCUGAACCCAAGGCUGGCCGGGUCUUCUAUACCCUGUCUCCACAUAAGGGAACUGGGGAGCUGUUGUUGGAUAAGCCCUGAUUCCCAGCAGGAAGUGAGUUGUGGGAGUCUGAUCAUGUUUCCUGUAUCCUUGGGGUUUACCACCAUAGGCCUUAACGUCCUUGUCUAGGUAGCCCUUUUCAAAUCCAGAUUCAAAUGGAAAAACAGCCAUAUUGUUUUACUGAUCAAAGACGGUACUGUUAGUAAGUUUAUCAUAACUUGCUAACAUUUUACUGACCAUUUACCAUGGGCCAGGCAGGGAUGAUGCCAAGUGGCUUACGGGUAUUCUCCUAUAAUCCUGGGAUGGAAGAGAACUUCUCUGUUUAUUUAGCACUUCUAAAGGAAGUGAUCACCUACAACCCACCAUCACCCCAGACAUAUGGAUCAAAUUUACCCAUUUAGUGCUGCCUCUGUCUUAUAAAAAGGCUUACAAGGUAGUUAUACUAAUAAGAGGAUUUGAUCCAAAUGUGCCUGAUUACAGGGUUUGUGCUUUUUUCUUACAAAAACAUUCAGGUUAAGAUACACCGCAUGUUUUCAAAUUGUUCUUUGACCUGGCUUUUUUAGUCCUGUUGCUACAAACAGAGAAAUAGGAUGUUCAAGUACAGCUUGAGGACAAGAGUACUGAGGGAUCCAGGCAGCUGACAACAGCAUUACUGCAUGGGAGAUAUAGAGCCCUUGAGCCACAUGGACCUAGGUUCCAAUUCCAUUUUUUAGCUGUGGGCCUUGGGUAAGGAACAUCCUAUUUCCUUUCUAGAUCAGAUCUUGCAGAUUAUACUUGAAGAAAGGCAAGUCUGAACAAGUCCAACCCAAAUAGGCUUAAGACUGUAAUUACUAAUUGUUCUCUAUACAAGUACCCAAUAUAGAAAUGUUUUAUAUAAAUAUUUAAAAGUUUAAUGUAUUAGUCAAGUUUUUUUUUUUUUUUUUUAAAUGUGCCAAUUAUUCAUUCAGUAAAAACUGGCCAGUGGGCAGCAAGACCUUCCUGGGACCAUGAGAAAGCUUCCAGCUUGAGGACAAGAGUACUGAGGGAUCCAGGCAGCUGACAACAGCAUUACUGCAUGGGAGAUAUAGAGCCCUUGAGCCACAUGGACCUAGGUUCCAAUUCCAUUUUUUAGCUGUGGGCCUUGGGUAAGUUACUCUGUGGGCCUGUUUCUAUCUGUCGGAUGGGCAUGAUCCUCUCAGGACUGUUUGAGGAUUACAUAUGGCAGAUCUGUAGCACGUGGCAUCUAACGGCCACUUGUUAAUGAGCACAUUAAUAUAUAUAUAUAGUGUAUAGUUCCCAAUUUGUCUAGUUUCUUACAUCUUUGAAAUUCGGUCUGUAGUUUUCCCUAAACUUAGCUGCCAGACUGUGAGCGGGGUCACAUCAGUGCAUUCUUGACAUGAAGAGAGGAUCCAAGAAAUUCCUCUAGAAUUCGGAUCAAGCAAGUAUAAUUAGUCAAACUCUGCAAUACAUUGUGAAAGAUUUAUAAGUCAGUUUAGGGUCAAAGUUCCCAAAGCCUUAAAGGGUCAUCCUUUUGGCUUCUUGAGGACAAGAGCCAUGUCUAACUGAAUACUGUUUGUGGGAAGGAGGAACAGUAUGACCAAAAGAAUAUUUAGCCAAGAGCCUGGGUUUUAGACUCCUUUUGGCUGGUAACCUGCCAUGCACCCUUAAUUCUGUGAACAAUUCUUGUUUUGCAUGGUAUGGUUAUUUAAAAAUCCUAGGAGUUCCCAUCUCUUGACUAUAUUCUGUAGUCACCAAAUGAAGGGUACUCCAAAGAGACCAUGUAACAAUAUGAAAAAUACUAAUACAGCAUAAAUUUAUGACAUAAAUAAGUGAAAGAUACCUAUGUUGUACAAACAGAGAAAUACUACUUAUCAGUUGUGGGGUUGUUGAUAAAUUUUUCCUCAGGUUUAAUGAAGGCUUAUUAAAAUGCUAGAAAUUUGCAAUGUCAGAUAAUUCCCUAUUUUGCAUAUUUUACAUGUGUACUCAUUUAUUAUCUUAGUUAAGCUUUAAUACCAUGUAAGAAACUGGCUCAAGAAUUAGUAACUCCUUGGACUUAAAUUCUAUAGAAACAAAGUCCAUACCUACAGUACAGUUUUAGCCAAUCCAAACUAGCUACUUCUAUUUCCACUUUAGCAUGUACUUGAUAAUUGGACCUUGGACAAAUCUGUCUCAGAGAACAGAGGAAAUGACCGGACAGCUCUAAGGUAAUGGUUCCCAAACUUGUCCACACACUGGCAAUCACCCGGGAUCACCUGGGGAGCCUUAAGAACUACGGCUGUGUCCCCCGCCUCCCUGUGGUUUAAUUUAGAAAAUAACUUUAAAGACUCUCAGGUGACUUAUAUUCAAACAGAUUUGGGUAGUGCUAAAUAAAUAACACUUAAUAUGUGUAACAUUUUAAAACACUGAAGAGAGAAUUCUGAAUGAGGGAAGAAUUGUGAAUGAGGAAAUCACCAAUCUUAAAGUAGAUUGAGAUGAUAAAUCAUGAAAUACCAAAGUUUAAAAAACAUUUUUAGUUUUAUUUCAGCCAUGUUAGGUUAUCCAUGAGCUGUGAAAAGCUAUGCUACUUGAUAGUAAACCCACCAGUUCUAUAUACUACUUUGUAAGCUGGACCUCUAGUGUUCACAUACCUCAAAUCGCUUAUCUUUUGUGCCUUAAGGAGAAAAAAAUACCAGAACAGUUGUAUCUGUCACAGAUAUAAUACAUCCUAUGGUCAUCGUCACAUUGUCAGUAGGGAGUAUUUGCCUUGUAGGGCCAAUUAAAGGUAAUCAAUUCUCUAUUCUUCACUGUCCUCCUCCCCCCUUUAGUAAGUGAAAGGGUGCUACAAGAAAGCAAGCAUUCAAACCAUCAAAAAUAAGACAAAUUAUUUUGAGAUAUUUAAAAAAAAAUCUUGACAGGGGAGUAAAACGACCCUUAGGCCUGUAGGGCACAGAACUGCUGGAACACAGCCAGGAUAUGAGGGUCUAAUUCGGCGGUGAAGAGCAGGUUCUCCAGGGUCACCAUGUACUGCUGGAUUAUUUGGUGAUGCUGUGGACGUAAAAAAGGGGGUGUUUAGAUCAGGAGAAGGACCGCAUCAGCAAUCUCGCAGGACGUUUCCCUCAGCAGCCUGCCCACGUUGUGGAAUGAUGGGAAGGGUUUGGGGAAAAAAGUGGUUAUGCUUGAUAGGAAGAAUGGGCUCCUGAAAAGCCCCAACAUUAAGAACAUGUAGAGAGAAAUGAAGAAAAAGGGAUGUUUGAUAACUUAGAAACUGGUGAGAACUGAGUCCUUUACGUAAAUGUAGUUCAUGCUUCAAGGCUUGGCAAGAGCGCCUGGUGCUACAGACUAGGUUCAGCUGGGUCUCUCCUAAUUAGGACCAAAGACAGGACUUUGUAAACGGAGCCCAGACAGGGACUGACCCGGCAAGAUUAACAACCCAGGAAGGAGGAUUAGAAUGAAGGUUGCUGAAACAAAUAUUUUGCAAUAAAAGUUUUUUUGCUCUUAUUGGUUAGAACAUUUAAGAUUGUAAAAGAAUAGAGAAUUAGCCAAAGACCUGUUAAUUUUUAACUAUUCCACAAAAUAAACCCAAACCUCAAUAUAGGUCUUAAAUAGCUCAUCUGUCUCACUGAAAAUCAGUGGCUUGAGGCUAUGUGGGAAGAAAGUGUCAUGAAAUAAUCUCUUCUAUGUGUGCCCGUCUGACUUGUAUACACGGAGAUCCCUACCGGACUAAAGAACGGCAGUUAGGAGUCUGAACUGCAUAUAGAACCAAUUUCACUCUGAAUAUUCUGAUGAGCAACAGGAGCAAACAGACAUUAAAGGGCCUUACAGACUAUUACGAAACUUCCCAACAAAUCUGACCAUUUUUUAACAUGGAAAGUCCUUGUGGCUGAGAACAGUGAUGUUCAUUAUCUAAUCAGGGUUUCCCACAAACCUGUAAGAAGAUCUGCUGGAGCCUCUCUAUACAGUUCUUAUACCAUGGUGUUAAUACGCUGGUCCCAUCGGUUUCACAUCGUACUAAGUGCUCGGUCAAGAUCAUGAUAAAACGCUGGAAAGGGGGUAUAAAGUUAAAGCAGUGUUAGAGGGAGAAUUCUUAUACCUCAAAACAAUCACAUUUUUGACCAAGAGACCUCAAAAGGCAUUGCUUGUUCCACUCGGUUUUUGUGGUAUCGCUAACUUUUGUUAAGUCAAUAAAUUCUAGAAAUAGGCAGGUAAGUGAUAAUGUUAGUAUAUCCUUUUUUCAGUACGUGAACACUUUUAAAUCUAGAUUAUUUAUGCUAGUAACUUUUCUCCACACCCAUUUCUAAGGACAUAAAUAAUGUUCAUCAGGAAGGAAAAUAAUCUAAAUGAUGAACAACUGGGAAUAAAUAGGAGUGAGGUACUCCACAAAAGGAUCCUCAAAAAAUGUUUUUAAAGCCUGGAGCAAUGGUCAUGUAAGAAUGCUGUAAACGAAACAGAAUGUGGAGGUACACAUGGUUAUUUCCUUUGCAAAUUUUUGUGAUUUAAAUUUUUAUAAAUAAACGUGUACUAUGAUUAAAAAUAA